AUGCAAAGUGCUCGAAGGACAAUAACAAGUGGAAACCGAGUCCGUGAAGUGGAUCUUUAUGGUGGUUUUAACAAAAAUAUUUCUAAUCUCUACGAGGAAAAUGAAGACGAAGCAUAUCAAAAUGCAUUGAAAGUUUCCAGUUAUGGAAAGCGAAAUUCAACGCCGAAGACUAAUUGGAUUGGUGAACGUUUGCGAACUGGCGAAGUUCCAUCGACAGCGAUGGCACGAGCGAGACCUUCAACUGCGGUUCGACCUGUUGGAUUUUCAUCAGACACUUUGAUGUUCGAUCCCUUCAACCAAGCGAGUAAGAAGGCGGUUGCUAUCGAGAAUAAAAAAGAAGACACUCCUGAACAGAAAUACAAAAAUAUUGAAAAGAAAAUAUUUGACCUUCUCGAAGAAUCAAUUCUCGCUAGCACGGGGUUGAAACCUGACGUCAUCGCAGGCUUGGCAAAAGCUAAGGAAGCAUCUUCAAUGGAUCGAACAUUGCUUCGAAUGAGAAAUCAAAACGGUGGAAAUUUCACUCAUAAUUUUGAUCUCACUUAUUCGGUUUUAUUCAAUCUUGCUAACCUUUAUUAUAAGAACGAGAUGUUUAUUGAAGCGUUGAACACCUACACGUUGAUGACAAAGAACAAAAUGUUUCCCAACGUCAAUCGAUUGAAGAUCAACAUGGGGAACAUCUACUUUCAAUUAGGAUUGUUUUCAAAAGCAAUUAAAAUGUAUCGGAUGGCUUUGGAUCAAGUUCCGGGUAAUCAAAAAGAACUUCGAUUGAAGAUAACUCACAACAUUGCAAUACUUUUUGCAAAGAUGGGACAAUAUUCGGACGCUGCUACAAGCUUUGAGUUCAUCAUGGCAGAGAAGGGUGACGUGAAGAGUGGACUUCACCUCGUGUUGUGUUAUUACGCUCUUGGUGAUACCGAGAAAAUGAAAAAAGCUUUUCAGUAUCUUCUCGACGUUCCCAUUGACUAUAAUGAUGAAGAAAAGCUGAUUAAUUCCGGCACAAAUCCAUCGUAUGAGUAUGUUUACAACGCAAUUCAGUCUGAUGAAUUGUAUAAAUAUGAACAAAAGCUGAAAAAUCAAGCACAACGAAGCAUUCUUGUGACUGUCAAUCUCAUUUCUUCAGUCAUUGAGAAUAACUUCAAUGAUGGUUACACUUGGUGUGUUGAGACGAUAAAAUAUUCUGGAUUUUCAAAGCUCGCUACUGAAUUGGAAAUCAACAAAGCAUUGAUUUUUCUGAAGCUUGACGAUGUUAAUCAAGCGAUUGAUGCUUUGAAGUUUUUCGAGAAGAAAGAUUCAAAUGUUGCUGUCAAUGCUGCUAUUAACUUGACCUUCAUUUAUCUCCUGAAGCGUGAUUUAGAGACAGCAGAAAAAUAUGCUGAAACAGCAAGAAAAUUGGACUCUUACAACCCUCACGCUUUUGUCAACAGCGGUGUUUGUGAAAUGAUGAAGGAAAAGUCUGAUGUUGCAAAAUUUAUGUUCAAUAGUGCUUUGGAAAUUGAUGCAACGCUUUUUGAAGCGAUUUAUAACAUGGGCGAGUUCUGUUUGGUUAAUAAGAAAACGGGAGAUUACGAUGAAGCCUUGAACUAUUUCCACAAACUGAAUGCGAAUCUGGGUCAUCAACAGCAUCCAGAAAUUAUGUUCCAGAUAGGGAAUGUCUACGAGUUGAUGGGCGAUUUUAGUGCCGCCCUCGAAUGGUAUCAUCAACUGCUUGGAAUUGUACAAUCAGAUGCUGGUGUUUUGAAGAAAAUUGGAGAACUUUAUGAAACAAAAAAUGAACGUCAACAAGCUUUUCAUUAUCAUCUUGAAUCGUAUCGUUUAUAUCCGAGUGAUUUCUCUGUUGUCAAUUGGAUUGGUUCACAUUUCAUUGAAUUGCAAAUCGCUGAGAGAGCUAUAAGCUUCUUUGAAAAAGCCGUUCUCAACAAUCCAAACGAUUCAUAUUUUCUUCUUCGUGUUGCUGGGAGCUAUCGAAAAAUAAAUGCGGCAAAGCUUUCCGGAAGCGGAAGAUCAAACGGAAGCGGUCAACUUGAACAUCAUCAUCAAGUCGUUAACAAUUACAUAAACUCACCCAAUGUCAACUCGCCAGUCGACUUUUCCUACUCAGAUCCCCUCGAGGCCGACAGUUAUCAAAAGCGACCGUUUACUUCCGGUCGAAGAAUCGUAGAAAGCUAUUCGGACGAAGAAAUCGAUGACGAACUUUUACCAAUGUAA